UGCCGAGGAGUCCAAAUGAGGAACUUUAUUUCUUGCAGCGCGUGGCUCGGGCGUCCAGCCUUUAUCUUGGCAGAAGGGAGAGGGCGGGAGAGCGAGACCCCCUUCCUUAGGGUUUACGGCGUGAGUUGCAGUGAGAUUUAUGUCUGUUCCUGUUUAACUGCCUGGAUCACUCCCUUUGAUGUGCACAGGUCCUUCCUCCCCACGGGAGCUCCCGGUUAAACCUACCCCAGCCUUCCUGGCCGAGGCUGGGUCCCCAGGACUCACAGCCCUCCUCCUUUCAGGAGUGAUGUGAACCUGUGUAAACACGGUGUCUGCUGAGCUAGUCCCGUCAUGAGUCUGUGGGCUGGCAUAGACCCCUCUUGGAAAGGCAAGUGAUGGAUGUCCGUUGUAGCAUUAAUCCCGAAAGCGUUUUUGGGGCCAGGAGCGAGCCGGAGCCCACGGUCUCCAUUCUUCUCCCUGAACUGCAGCCCACCGUGCGGCCCACGAGGCGAGGAGGGCCAGGCAGGGUGGACAGGUGGGCGCUGCUGGGGAACAGAAGGGCCUCGUGGCGCAGGGCGCGUGGGGACCAGCCAUUGAACUUCCCAUCUGCGUCUGCUCCGCUUGCCCUGCCGCUGCCCCAGAGAGAAUGGGGCAGUUUCGUCAGGGCCCUUCCUUUGUUAGGAAGUUUGAUCGUCUCCCCCUCUUCCUUUUUAUUUUGUAUUUAGUAUGGUUUUCAGCUGGGUCAGGUGUUCUGGGGUGUUUUGCCUGGUGAGAGGUUGGUCCGCAUGGAGCCUCCGAAGACUGAGCUGAAAGGCUUUGCUGCAAGUCAUGGGUUAAAUGACACAAACUCAUCUGAAUCCUAAUUUAGGGUUUCAUGAAACUUUGCAGGAAAAGGCUGGUGUCCUGAAAGGACAGCCUUCUCUCCAGGCUUGGUGCCUUCUGGCAAGCAGCACUUGAUAGACACUGUUUGCCCAACUUGUUGCUUCAUUGUUUUCUGAUUCUUCCUACCCUAACGAGGGCUGUUGGCCUGGUUCUCUGGGGAAACCUUGUGCUUUUCAGACUUCUCUUUGUUUGUAAGCUAGAUAGCAGGAGCCUACGGGGUUAUUGGUGAAAAUGCUUGGUACGAGAAUUGGCUUUGCAGGCUCAAGGUAAAAGAUUUGCGUGACUUUGUAAAGCCGCAGCUGGCCGUUGCCUUGAGCUGCUCCUUUAUGUGCUGGGGAAGAGCGGGCUUGGCAGUGCUGGGCUGUCCUGGUGUUUCUUUGUUGCCGAGUUUUUGCUGGGUUUGUUGGUUUGUCUUUUGUGGCGCAAGGAGCAGUGCAGACAACUGAAUGAAGGUACUGGAGGUGUGAUGGACAAACAAACGAGUCCUGAGGUCUUGUGGGUCCUUCCCUCUGCUCCCCCUGCUCUGGGGCACUGACACCAGCCGGGUUAACACAGGAAUUACGUGACCUGAGCUAUUAAAUGGUGCUGUAGGUGGCCUGAAGAGCGUUAUGGAGGAGCCUGGCUGGCCCGCUGGUACACCUGCGACAUCAGUGGGAUGCCUCGUCCCCAGAGCCUUGUGGGGUGGAGUGGAAGCAGUUUGAGCUCAAGUGACUUCCACUCACUGCAGCCUGAUCUCAGGGUUUUGUUUUUUUGGAUACAAUCUGAGCAGUUCUGAAUGCUCUUACUCUUAGGAGAUUUCUAUCUAGGUUUGUAAAAAGGAUCCAUUACGUCAGUGGGUGACACUGAAACACAACUCCUCCAGGGCUAUUUGUUUUAACACUAGAAAGGAGGGAAUAAGGUACCAGCACUUUUGCUUUAAUUAGAAAGACUCCAGGCACCGAGGAGCAGUCCAGUUGGAGUAACUUGAGUCUGGCACUGAACUCGCUCCCCUCCGCAUGUUCCCAGGGCUGCCCCUGCAGUGGGUCGCUCUGGCCUCCCUCUACCUGCAACAAUAGCUGGUUGUGCAGAAGAAUUUGUGAAAUGACUGCCUGCUCCCUCCAGCCAGGAGGACACGUUAUCUCUGCCCAGUUGAUCACACUCAGGGUAAUGAGAAAAUGAGGCUGAGCUUAGCAUUGCUGAGUAUGAAAGCAUCUUAUUGGCAGGAGCUGAAUGACACUGGCUGAGAAGUAAAAGACAGUAGAUUAUUGUUUUUGCUUAUUAUCUGCCAUCAACCUCCUGGUCUCCUGCCGUCCCCUGUCCUCAGAAUUCGCUGUGGGUGUCUGCACUAGCCAGGAAGCGGUGCGGGGGGGUGUGUGUGCCGGGGAGGGGAGGGAUGGAGGUUCAGAUGCCCCAGGGAGGCACCGGAGGGGAGGAUAUGCUAAUCUGUUGGAGCUAGGAGAGGGAGGUUUAUUUUUGAGUUUAUUUGUGCUCUUCACUUUUGCCUCUGUUUACUUACAUGCUGAGUUUAUUUAUGUUGUAGGCUGUGAGUCAGGAUGGAGGUGGGGAAGGCAGGGAGAGAAGCUGGUGGAAGGGCGCGGGGAGGCCGAGCUCCGGGGCUGUGUGACAAGUGAAAGGAUGCGGGACAGGAGGGUGGCCAGGCUGGAAAGCUGAACAAAGCAGCGAGAGGAGCUGGAGAAACACAGCUUCUUUUUGGGCUGUUUGAGCUGCUAGGCAGAUGGGACAAUGCUCCAGGCUGCCCUCCCAGCUUCAGCUUGUCCAAGUGCAGGGAUGAGCCAGACCUGCCUUCAACACAGGUCUUUGUAAGCUGAUUUGUAGGUCUGGAUCAUCCCUGAUGUGAUGUAACUUUACAGGAGUUGCUGUAAAAAUAGGCUAUAAAGAAAGGUGGUGGCUGAGGAGAGGAGGCUUUGUGGGUAUUCGGCUUGCAGCUGCAUGAGUGUUGUCCCUGCUUUUGUGGUGCUGGUGGUGUGAGGCCAGUGCGGCCACGCGCUCGUCGGUGCUGAGCCCAGCAAAAGGCACCUGCAUGGCGGUGUGGGGCCGGCGGCUGCGGCCGCAGCGGGUGCAUGGAGGAGCUGCACAGGCACAAUGGAGGGGAGGCAGCACGGCAUUGUGUGUGGCGCAGCCCGGGGACGGGGACAGCAUGCUGCCCUGCGCCCGCAGCCGGGGGGCUCUGGACUCCCCGGGUUAAUCGGUGCUGUCCUGUCUGCUCUUUUAUGUCUUCACCCUGUGUUUUGUGGGAUGAAAUGUUGGGAUUUUUGUGCGCUGCCUCUUUUCUGUUCUGUUAGUACCCAGGUGAGCUGUGUACUUGCAGGUGGAGUGAAGGGGGAGAGCAAAAAGGCAAAAGAAAGCACUUUUAAUGUGAGGCCGGUGAUGCAGGGCAUCCAGGGCAGGCCGAGCAGGAGGGUGCAGCCCAGGCUGUUAAUCCCAGCAUGUGAUGGGCUCUCGGGUGCGUCUGGCCAGCGCUCAGCCGGAGACAGACCACUGCAUGCUGGGACUUGUAGUCUCCCUGGAUUAUACCUUACCGCGAAGGAAAGAUGUCUGCAGCCAGCUUCAUUUUAUGCACAUCAGAUUGACCCGAAGGUAGCGUUCCCCCGCCGAGCACAGCCCAAGAUGGUGACCCGAACGAAGAAGAUAUUUGUGGGUGGUCUGUCCGUGAACACUACUGUGGAGGAUGUGAAACAGUAUUUUGAGCAGUUUGGGAAGGUGGACGAUGCGAUGCUGAUGUUUGACAAGACAACUAACAGACACCGAGGGUUUGGGUUUGUCACAUUUGAAAGCGAAGACAUUGUGGAAAAAGUGUGUGAAAUCCACUUCCAUGAGAUCAACAACAAAAUGGUGGAGUGUAAAAAAGCUCAGCCGAAGGAGGUGAUGUCCCCAACGGGCUCGGCGCGAGGGCGAUCCCGAGUCAUGCCUUACGGGAUGGAUGCCUUCAUGCUCGGGAUCGGCAUGCUGGGUUAUCCAGGCUUCCAAGCUGCCACCUAUGCGAGUCGGAGUUACACUGGCAUUGCACCUGGCUACACUUACCAGUUCCCUGAGUUCCGUGUAGAGCGGACCCCUCUCCCGAGUGCCCCCGUCCUCCCUGAGCUCACAGCAAUCCCCCUCACUGCGUAUGGACCAAUGGCAGCAGCAGCGGCUGCGGCGGCCGUGGUGCGAGGGACAGGCUCCACCCCCAGUCGCACCGGUGGAUUUCUGGGCACCACCAGUCCCGGGCCGAUGGCAGAGCUUUAUGGAGCCGCCAACCAGGACUCAGGGGUCAGCAGUUACAUCAGUGCUGCCAGUCCAGCCCCGAGCACCGGCUUUGGCCACAGCCUAGGGGGUCCCUUGAUUGCAACAGCUUUUACCAAUGGGUAUCACUGAAGCUGGGGACCAAGGAGGCAGGAGAUUCCCCAGUGACCUAACCGAGGACAGCGAGCGGCUGGAGGAUGUGGUGAGCCUCGGGGGAUGAGCCAAGGUUACCUUUUUCUUGAAUCAAACUGCACACUGCCGGCUGGCUGCCAGGCUCCUGCCGCCCUGCCCUGAUCUCUGCCCUUGACCAGACCACACUGGACUGAACCCGAGGAGAUCAUCUCGCUUUCUUACUAACCACCGACGGUUUACGCUUCCCCCUCCCUGCCCCCAGCCCACUGAUUCUUCUUUUAUUUAUUUUAUUAGUGGUUAGUUUUAUUUUUUUAUUUUAUUUUUUUAUCUUUGGGGGAGGGGGGGGCCUUACCCCUUCUUUUUGUUGUUUGCUCUUUCCCGAGCUAGUAGACAUAUUUUAUGAAUUGGCUUUGUGAUUGUGUUAGGUAGUUUUUAUUGAGGAGUAUUUUUAUUUGGCUUUGAAACUGUUUUGAAUAUUUUCAACUCUGUUGUUGUUGUCGUCAGUGUUUUUAAAGCACGGUAUGUAACAAGAAUGCAGUUCUGGAGGGAAGAAAGAGACACAGAGAGAGCAAAGGCUGAGAGGAACUGCUGUAUUUCUAUUUUUUUUUAAAGAAACUGUUUUUAAUUGUUUCUGUUUUGUAAAUGUGAGGCUUUGAAAAGUGUGAAACUCCAAGGAUCCGAAAACGUUGGACAUCACUAUGGAACAAAACAAAUGUAUAUUUUGCUAAGUGAAAAACACUAUCCUUACAGCUGAGAGAGGUUGGUUUUUUGGUUUUGUUUUUUUUUUUCCUUAGGUUUAGUUUUAUGUGGGGUUUUCUUUUUCCUCCUGUAUAAUAUGUAAAUAUCGUGAGCUGAACCUGGCUGCUGCCUGCAGCCUGGCUCCCAGGAGCAGCUCCAGGUCCUGGACUUGGUGCCGCAGUGUGAGCAAUACUCUCCAGCAGAAUCCUGACAGGACUCCGUUCUUUUUUUGUACACCUUUUACUGUAAGAUUUUAAGACCUCUGUUGAGAUGAAAGGGGGGGUGGGGGGUGAAACGUACCAGCCAUCGGCUGUUUUGCUGAGCGGGUUAAAGCUGCUUCCAAUUGCUCGAUGUACAGACUCCAUCACUGGGCUCCGUAGUGCCAGCCUCUGGCUUGGCUUUAGGUAAAGGGCUUUACCGCCAUUGCUUGUCUUGGUUACUUUGAAAGGAAUUCACUCUCCAAACACUAUCGCUUGUGUCAAGAUUUCCUGGGAAGGGGGCUCCUCCUCCGGAGGUGAGGGUAUCGGAAGGGGUGUCAGCCAGGGCCAGGGGGAGGUUUGGGUGGUCGUUCUCUGAACAGGGCGCUGGGCUGGGGGGUCAUUAAUGGGGGAGAAAAGCAUUAGGGUGGUGAUUUGGGGGCGGGUUAAGGGCUUCUCAGGGAUUAUAUGAAUUACAGAAUUGCAGCUUCCCGUUUGCUUUACUCUGUGUUCUGAAGACUGGGGGAAUUUGUCCGUUCCAGUGCCGGGGGUGAGCUGGUCCCUUCUCCAGAACCUGCCGGGGCUUCCCCUGGUGUGAUCCCGGCCCCUGCUAACAAACACUGUGCCAGGGGAGGCUUCCAGCAGGAGUACAUGGGGCAGGUUUGGGUCUGGAUUUCAGUGAACCAAAGACCUUGUUAAGGGGGGUGAUUAAGCCUUUUAUUAAGAUGCAGCCAAACUCUUUUCCCAGGGAAAUAACAGCUUCAUCUUAAGUUUUAAAAAUCAUUCCCUCUCUUCCCCCAAACUGAGCCCCUGUAAGGGAGAGGGGCAUUUAGGAAAGGACUGGGAGGGCCACUGUGCCCACAGGGUCCUUCUGCUCUUCCAUCCCUCCCCUGUCUGCCAGAGCUUGUCCUGACCCAGGCGAUGUGUUUGGAGAGUUCUGUUUAGGUAAGAGGGUACGUAACAGAUCAGUACUGAAAACACAAAGCAAUAAUUUUUGUUACUGAGACAAGAGUCUGUAUGUCUGUUUUUUUAAAUAUUUCCUAAUUAAAGAAGAGCUGCAUUUUAUUGGGUUUAUUUUUAUUCUAUAUACUUCAAAUUUGGGUCUGCAGACAGCGCUUUCCUCCCUCUUGGUAGAUGCGCUGAGCUGCUUCCAUGCCCCCUCCAGACAUCCAAGGCCAGUUGUGCUGCUGCUGGGCUGUGAUCACUCUCUGGCCAGUGCUGCCACUGCCUGGAGACUGGGGCUCCGGUUUCAGGGUGGGCAUUUUUUUUAAAAUAAAUAAAAGCUGUGUUUUUAAGCCAGUAAGUUAUUACACUCCAAUGUUUGUUCUCUCCACACCUGUAACCCUUUUUCCAGAUUUCAGUUUUAAAUUCCUAAUAAAUUAUUUGAAAACUG